UUGGUUGUUUUACCUCAGGGCCAGUGAAGCGGUGCAGGAACAUGUCUCCCUGCUUGAGCUGCCUCAUGGGAACUCAACCUCGUGGCUCUGCAGUACUUCAGGUAUUCCUGACUCUUCUUCUAGCCUGGGCAAAUAAAUUCAUCAUGAAACAGGUAUGCGAGGAACAUGUUCCAGCUGACCGGGAUUUUCACAUGCAGACAUUGUCGAGGCUAUCACCACUGGAGCCUUGAACAGAACAUGGGCGUUUCAGGCCUCUGGGCUCUGAGAGGCGUUUGGGGGUCCCUGAGGAAGGGUUGGACUUUGAGUUCUGCUCCUACAAAGUGGCAGUCACUUAACAUACAUGCACGAGUUUUUCCCCCACCAGGUUUACAGCCCCACUGCCCCAUCUACUAGGGACCAGCAGGAGUUGGAGAUGUGGGGUCUGAUGGCUGCCCCAUGGGACGCUGUAAACACCUAUGGCUGACCAUGCUGCACUAAUGCUGCUGCUGCUGACUGGAUUCAUCGUGCUUCUCUAUCCAGAAUCAAGAUACGUCCAUAGGUUGAGGGGACAUGCAUGCUGGCCAGUUGACUUUCAAGGGAGAUAUUCAUAUCAGGAGGAGGUCUGAAGGAAAGGCGAGUUGCAGGUGAUGAGAGAUGAGUGUGUUGAUGUCCUGGUGGCUGCUGCUCCUUCUGGUCAACUUUGGCUCAUCUGCACCCAGGUUUUCGGAAAAUGAUAUUUGCCUCCUAGACAACAAUAAAUUGAGACAAAGAUUAAAACAUCUUCAAGAUCUGCUUUACUUAUAUGAACUGCAGCUGAAGGACAUCCUGGAGAACACUUAUCAUAGGACAAAAAGUGGGCUCUUCUCAGGCAACGGGAGCAUGCAGCAUGAGACUCUUUUACCUACAACUAGUGGAAAUUUGAUAGUCUAUGACCAAGAUUGUUCUGCAGUGUAUAAUAGGAAGAAGACCAAAAGUGGCUACUACCGAGUCAGGCCCAGGGCAGACCAAGAGCCUUUCCUGGUGUACUGUGACAUGUCUGAUGGCGGUGGAUGGACUGUAAUCCAGCGACGGACUAAUGGCAGAGAGAAUUUCAACAGGAAGUGGAAUGAUUACAAACUGGGAUUUGGGAAGUUCCAGGGCAAGAAUGAUGAAUACUGGCUGGGCAACGACCACAUCUAUGACCUGCUUGCUAGAGGAGAGAGCUCAUUAAAGAUUGACCUGAUGGACUGGCACGGGGAAAGACGUUAUGCAGUAUAUGAAAACUUCCAGCUCACCAAUGAACAGGACAACUACAGGUUAUGGUUUGGCACCUACUCUGGUAAUGCUGGUGAUGCUCUGUCUGGUGGAAGCAGUUUUGAAGAUCAGUGGUCAGCCUCUCACAGAGCAAUGCAGUUCACCACAUCUGACAAGGAUCACGAUCGAUUCCUGGCAGGCAACUGUGCAUUGGAGAGCAGUGGUGGUUGGUGGUUUAACAGGUGCCACGCUGUAAACCUCAAUGGACGUUACUACAAAACAGGAAGGUACAACGGAUCCCAUGACAAUGGCAUUGUUUGGUCUACGUGGCACGGGACGUGGUACUCGCUCAAAUUCUCGGCCAUGAAAAUCAGGUCUCCGUUCUUUGUUGACAGUGAGAGUGGAGAUGGUGAGGAUGGACAGGGCAGCUGAAAUCUGCUGCUUUAAAAAGUGAAAAAGUACAGGAUGAAAAGAGUUUUGUAAAUUAACAGCCAGCUUGCUGCUGCUGCCAAUUGUCAAAACUGCACUGUGGUAACUGUAGUUGCAGCUGUUUCCACUAGCUGAGUUGCGAGUUGUUUGAGCACAGCCAGCCAACAAUCUAAUGAAAAAUGUACAGAAGAACCACAGCUUCCUUUCUCAGCAGUUUUUGGGACUUCACUGCAGAGUCUGCAGUCUUCUGAAAAGCUCUCUGGAUCUUGAAUGAUCAAGCACAUUCUUUUAGCUACCUGUACUCCUCAAGGGUAGGUCUUUCUCAUCUUGAUUGUGAUGAUCAGUGCCUGAGAACACGGUAACAGAAACAAUGAGGUGAUAAGGAAUUGGACUUCAUCUGGUGUGCCCUCAUUAGUGCUUUCAUUUGGAUUAGCAGCAUGUUUUUAAGCAACUCUCUAUGGUCACCAAUUGCUACACUUUAGUUUCAGAACAUACCUAGAAUGUGAAACCAAGCCAGAAGAUGGAUGUGCUCCAACAGCUAGUAAGCAACCUGACUACUUUCAAGUAAGAGUACUUCAAAGUAAGCCCCCACAGCAUGGGCAGUGUUGAUGCUGCAUUUCACUACCCCCAGCUGUGCUCUGCAGAGCCACUUCUACAGCAUACUGGGGCGUGCUAAUGCAAUCAUAGACAAUGCUGGUAACUAUAUUUAAGUCUCAGAUUUAAAUUAGGCAGAUUUUACUAAAUUUAAGAUUAGAACAGAUACCCUUGGGAAUUCAUAAAAUGCAAUCGUGAUCCAUCUCUAUGUUCUCAUGUAAUUUACCAGACCACUUUAGAAUUAUUGAAUCAUGGAAUUGUUAGAGUUGGAAGGGACCCCCAAUGGCCAUCUGGCCCAAUUCUGCUGCAAUGAACAGGGACACCUACAGCUCCAUCAGGUGCUCAGAGCUCCAUCCAGCCUG